UCUCGAUAACAGUUUAGGAAAAUGCUCGGCACUCGCUAGCAUGCGGCUUGUUUUCACAUACUACUCAACGAUAUGAGAUUUGUGCGACUUGUAACGCGUAGGUGUCGCGUGCAUGUGAGCACCCAGAUGGUCUCACCGAAACGGUGACGAUCUCGGGAGCCAUCAAGGUGCGAGGCGUGACAUACACCUCAAAUAUCGACGCAGCCUCAUAGAAACCAUCCAAACAGCUUGAAUUGCUCGAAACUCCUUGUCUUUUACACACUGUGCUGCUAUGCAUGUCCAUGACGUCCUCAUCAUCGGCGCCGGUCCUGCCGGGCUUGCCGCUGCAGCAAGACUGCGAGAGCAUACACCCAGUGCAACUUUCACGGACGACGAACAUCAGCGUUACCACUGGAUUCGAAAGCACGGUCGCAAGAUGAACGUCAAGAACUACAGGACCAACAAAGACUCUCUAUCGACAUUGCGGCCUGCGUCCGACACAUCUGCAUGCGGUUGCAGUUGCGAUGCAAGGGCCAGUGACACCUCUAUAGACAUGCUGGUGCUGGAUGCGGAUGGUGCCGAUUGGAUGAGCAAGUGGAAUCGAUUGUUCAAGACCUUCGGUAUCAAUCAUCUCCGCAGCCCAAUGUUCUUCCAGAUCGACCCCGCGGAUCGCGAUGCACUCCUUGGUUACGCAUACGAGAAGGGGCGAGAGAAGGAGCUACAAGCUUUGCCGGGCUGUGCGGGUAAGGAGAUCAGCAAGCACCGGAAGAAGAAGAAGAUAAAGAGAGGGAGAUUCCCAGGGUCAGGGCCAGAUGUUGAUGAGCGAGACCGGAAAGACUACUUCACGCCAAGCACAAGUCUAUUUACAUCGCAUUGCGAAGAAGUCAUUCGGAGAUAUGGUCUGGGGCCCGACAUGCUUCGACAGGAGCGUGUGUUGGACGUACGCUACGAGGAAGCAAGUAGCUUUGGUGGUGCUGAACACGAUAGUGUUAUCUCAGAUGAUGCGUCGUAUGAAGACAGGAAAAUAUUCUGCGUCAAGACCGACAAGACCCAAUAUUUUGCCAACAUCGUCAUUCUAGCAGUCGGGCCCGGCAACGCGCCAUCGAUACCCUCCAUCCCAGGUCUGCCAACACCGAGUCCACACGAAGGUUACACACACGCAAUGCAAAUCAAGCAGUUUCCGCCACCACACGUUGCCGCCAGAGUCAAGGCUCGGCGCUCAACCAAUAUGCUUAUCGUCGGCGGCGGCCUCACCAGCGUCCAACUCGCCGACCUUGCCAUCAAGCGAGGGGUGACAAAGGUCUACCUCCUCAUGCGCGGGCCACUAAAAGUCAAGUACUUCGACGUGGAUCUCGACUGGGUAGGCAAGUUCCGCAAUUUCAACCAAGCUGCUUUCUGGAGUGCAGACACAGACGAAGAGCGCUCCACGAUGAUCGCCCAAGCCCGCAAUGGCGGCAGCAUCACCCCACGCUACCGCAAGAUCCUCGAUGCACACAUCGCCAGCGGUAGAAUAGUCCUGCACACACAUACCACGCUGGCCUCCCUAUCGUGGCACGCUGACACGCAGUCCUGGACAGACGUUAAAUGCUCAACAACCUCCGAGGUCCCACCACCCGUACUCCCGGCACUCGACUACAUCGUCUUCGCAACUGGCAUACAAUCCGAUAUCCGCACCAUCCCCUUCCUCGAUUCACUGCGCGUCCAGCACCCCAUCACGUGCGUCGCCGGUCUGCCCUGUCUGACUGACGAUCUGAUGUGGGACACUGGCGUGCCACUGUUCGUCACAGGAAGGCUGGCAGGUCUGCGGCUGGGCCCUGGCGCGCCGAAUUUGGUCGGGGCGCGCAUUGGCGCGGAGAGGAUUGCGUGGAAUGUCCAGGACGAAUUGGAGAGAUUGAGCAGUAAGGGAGUACGGGUUCAGCGCAGAGACUCGGGGUACGAGGACGGCGCGGAUGAGUAUGAGACGUAUGCGAGUGCGAGGGCGAAUCGAUUUGCGGGGCUGGUAGGGGUUGGGGGGUGAUUCGGCAGUGUUUGGAAGCAGUUGCUGUCUUUCUACUUGUGACAUGGAUUAGUCCUCAUAUGCGUGCCAGUCUCGUACGGAAACCAUCUCGCUAUUCAAUCCUAUACACGCUCGGAGACUGUUCUUCGAGACCCAGCUUAGUGACUACGAGCGUCCUGUCUUCCAGCUUAUACAAAUACCCCUACCUUUAUGUUAGCAGCACACUUCCAAUCACCGUGACUUCAGAACCUACGACAGACUGUCUAGCAUUACCCUGCUC